AGCUGCAAACUCUCGCAGGUGGCAGCGACAGAAGUACUUCUCCAGGAAGUCGUCCGAGUGGAGGAAUACUCUUACGUCAAAGUGCUCAGUACACUACAGCGGCAGGAAGGGGGAAGGGAAGAAUUCCAGAUGCGGAGAAAGUCAGUAUUUUACAGCACAGUACAGGUUAAACUGGAUCCUGGAAGGCGUCGCCGCCGCGACACCUUCACGUGACCACGGACGGCCGAAGGACCCCCCGCGCCCAGUGCGCCUGCGCUGGCGCUCCCGGAAGUGGCCGGACCAGGAACGCAGCGGAGCUCACGUCCGUCAGCCCGUCAGUCCGCCAGUCCGCCAGUCCGCCAGUCCGCCAACUCGGUACCUCUCUCUUUGCCUUCGUAGCUGUCCGUGGUCUGUUUGGCCCGAACGGCGGCGGAGGCGCUGAUCAUGGCGACAUUCAUCCCGGUGCAGCUGAAAAAGACCUCAGAGGUGGACCUGGCCAAGCCGCUGGUGAAGUUCAUCCAGCAGACUUACCCGAGCGGCGGGGAGGAGCAGGCCCAGUACUGUCGCGCGGCGGAGGAGCUCAGCAAGCUGCGCCGCGCCGCAGUCGGUCGCCCGCUGGACAAGCACGAAGGCUCGCUUGAGACGCUCCUGAGAUAUUAUGAUCAGAUUUGUUCUAUUGAACCCAAAUUCCCAUUUUCUGAAAAUCAGAUCUGCUUGACAUUUACCUGGAAGGAUGCUUUCGAUAAAGGUUCACUUUUUGGAGGCUCUGUAAAACUGGCUCUUGCAAGCUUAGGAUAUGAAAAGAGCUGUGUAUUGUUCAAUUGUGCAGCCUUAGCUAGCCAAAUUGCAGCAGAACAGAACCUGGAUAAUGAUGAAGGAUUGAAAAUCGCUGCUAAGCAUUACCAGUUUGCUAGUGGUGCCUUUUUACAUAUUAAAGAGACGGUUUUAUCUGCCUUAAAUCGAGAGCCUACCGUGGACAUAUCUCCAGAUACUGUUGGGACCCUCAGUCUUAUUAUGCUGGCACAGGCUCAAGAAGUAUUUUUUUUAAAAGCCACAAGAGAUAAAAUGAAAGAUGCCAUCAUAGCUAAAUUGGCUAAUCAGGCUGCAGAUUAUUUUGGUGAUGCUUUCAAACAGUGUCAAUACAAAGAUACUCUCCCCAAGUAUUUUUAUUUCCAGGAGGUGUUCCCUAUCUUGGCUGCAAAGCACUGUAUCAUGCAGGCCAAUGCUGAGUACCAUCAGUCUAUCCUGGCAAAACAGCAGAAGAAAUUUGGAGAGGAGAUUGCAAGGUUACAGCAUGCAGCAGAACUGAUUAAAACAGUGGCAUCUCGCUAUGAUGAAUAUGUUAAUGUGAAGGAUUUUUCUGACAAAAUCAAUCGUGCCCUUACUGCAGCAAAGAAGGAUAAUGACUUCAUUUAUCAUGAUCGAGUUCCAGACCUUAAAGAUCUAGAUCCUAUUGGCAAAGCCACGCUUGUGAAGUCUACCCCAGUCAAUGUACCCAUCAGUCAGAAAUUUACUGAUCUGUUUGAGAAGAUGGUUCCUGUGUCAGUGCAGCAGUCUUUGGCCGCCUAUAAUCAGAGGAAAGCUGAUUUGGUUAACAGAUCAAUUGCUCAGAUGAGAGAAGCCACCACUUUGGCAAAUGGGGUGCUAGCUUCCCUUAAUCUUCCAGCAGCAAUUGAAGAUGUGUCUGGAGACACCGUACCUCAGUCUAUAUUGACUAAGUCAAGGUCUGUGAUUGAACAGGGAGGCAUCCAUACUGUUGAUCAGUUGAUUAAAGAACUGCCUGAAUUACUGCAACGAAAUAGAGAAAUCCUAGAUGAGUCAUUAAGGUUGUUGGAUGAAGAAGAAGCAACCGAUAAUGAUUUAAGAGGAAAAUUUAAGGAACGCUGGCAAAGGACACCAUCCAACGAACUGUAUAAGCCUUUAAGAGCAGAGGGAACCAACUUCAGAGCAGUUUUAGAUAAAGCUGUGCAAGCAGAUGGGCAAGUGAAAGAAUGUUACCAGUCUCAUCGUGACACCAUUGCGCUUUUGUGUAAGCCAGAGCCUGAGCUGAAUGCUGCCAUCCCUUCUGCUAAUCCAGCAAAGACCAUGCAGGGCAGCGAGGUUGUAAAUGUCUUAAAAUCCUUAUUGAUAAAUCUUGAUGAAAUAAAGAAGGAAAGAGAGGGUUUGGAGAAUGACUUGAAAUCUGUGAAUUUUGACAUGACAAGCAAGUUUUUGACAGCUCUGGCUCAAGAUGGUGUGAUAAAUGAAGAAGCUCUUUCUGUUACUGAACUAGAUCGAGUCUAUGGAGGUCUUACAACUAAAGUCCAAGAAUCUCUAAAGAAACAGGAGGGACUUCUUAAAAAUAUUCAGGUCUCACAUCAGGAUUUUUCGAAAAUGAAGCAAUCUAACAAUGAAGCUAACUUAAGAGAAGAAGUUUUGAAGAAUUUAGCUACUGCAUAUGACAAAUUUGUUGAACUUGUAGCUAAUUUGAAGGAGGGCACAAAGUUUUACAAUGAGUUGACUGAAAUCCUGGUUAGAUUCCAGAACAAAUGCAGCGAUAUAGUUUUUGCACGGAAGACAGAAAGAGAUGAACUCUUAAAGGACUUGCAACAAAGCAUUGCCAGAGAACCUAGUGCUCCUUCAAUUCCUACACCUGCAUAUCAGUCCUCGCCAGCAGGAGGACAUGCACCAACUCCUCCAACUCCAGCGCCAAGAACCAUGCCGCCUACUAAGCCCCAGCCCCCAGCCAGGCCUCCACCACCUGUGCUUCCAGCAAAUCGAGCUCCUUCUGCUACUGCUCCAGCUCCAGUUGGGGCUGGUACUGCUGCACCACCUCCAUCACAAACGCCUGGCUCAGCUCCUCCUCCACAGGCCCAGGGACCACCCUAUCCCACCUAUCCAGGAUAUCCUGGGUAUUGCCAAAUGCCCAUGCCAAUGGGCUAUAAUCCUUAUGCGUACGGCCAGUAUAAUAUGCCAUAUCCACCAGUGUAUCACCAGAGUCCUGGACAGGCUCCAUACCCAGGACCCCAGCAGCCUUCAUACCCCUUCCCUCAGCCCCCACAGCAGUCAUACUAUCCACAGCAGUAAUAUGUCUGCUCAUCAGCUCAGCUGAUUCAAGUCAGAGGGAAAGAAACACCAACCCUGCAAUAAGUGUACUAAAUUCUAUGCUCUGGUUAAUAUAAUGUACUGUCCUGGACUGAAUGCAGUGUAUAAUUUCUGUCUGCAGCUAGAAGCUGUGCUCCAGUUUCACAUUUGAUUACACAUUUGAGAUUUGCUGCUGUUGCAGUAUAAACACUAGGUAUAUUAGGAUUUGAAAUUGCAUUACAGUUCAUAAAAAUUGAAAAUGAGAAAUUAAACCUGCAAGUGAAACGUUUGAAAUUAUUAUACUUUCUACAUAAGACAUGGUUGGGACAUCAAAUACUUACAAAGACGGUUUAAGUAUGAAUACUCGAGAAAAUUAAGUUUUUUUUUCUCUUUUGGUUUAUUGAUUUGGUUUAAUUUCCGUUAUGCUAUUUUGCAUAAUCAAGGCACUGUAAAUCUUAUAAUUUUAAAAUAAAUUACUUAAGAACAAUUGUCAUUGUUAUGUUUUGUUAUUGAUUCUCAUUACUGUCUAAUUUUUGUUCUGGUAUUAGUUUCAUUUUGUAUGUAUAUAAGUUAAACAGACACUGUGUUUAAGUGCAUGAAUAGUCCAAGUUAUUAUCAAGGAUGUUUUAUAGGGAAACCAGAAGAAUAGUAUCAUAGUUUUAUCUUUCAUAUGCUGAUUAGUAAACUACUUUUGACAUUUAUUUUAAAAAGUCCUAUAAGGUGGAAGAAACACACAAUUGCUACCAAAGAUUCUUCCAAUAAAUAUACAAAUAAAUGUGUAUAUUAAAUGUUUUAUUGUUACCUUCUCCAGGAAAUUGAUGCAAAUUCUGGUAAUAAUUCUUUCAUUUUUUUCCCCAUAACCUGGUUAAAAUAAAUACACCAUUGACAGUACUUCAUAAAGUAUGGAAUUGUUUGGGGAACACUUACUGUACCCUCUUAUCCUUUUUUCCACCUUACUGUGUUAACUUAGUGACAUUUAAUGCCCAAUGUGUGUAUGAAAAGAUCCAAGCCAUUUAAUUUUUUUUCCCUUAAAGGUUGGACUAUUUUAUAAUUCAAGGAGCACACAAAACAAUUGUUGGGAACAUAUGCCAAUUCUGGAAUAGGCUAUGUAUUUAAUAAUUUCUGCUGUUAGGAUAUCUACUCACUGUAUAAAACCUCAGUAAAAAUAGUGAAGACCUGCAUCAUGGAAUGAGAAAAUGAGAAAGUAAUGAGUUGUCUAACAUCACAGUGGGAUCUGUUUUGUGUGAGAUUCAUUUCUGAACCCAUUAGGCAUAUGAGCAGAUUUCCAAUGAAUCUGUUUAUGUUUAUUUUCUGCAUUUCAAUUCUGACCUUUUCUUGCAUUAUUGUUUCAUUUUAAUGGUAGUGUUACUUGUCCCACUGUUGUUUUCCUUGACAGUUUGGAUUUAUCUUUUAAAUGUUCAACUCAAAGUAUGAUUGUAAAAGGGAAUUAAUUGGUUUAAAAAUAUGUGUAUAUUUUAAACUUUGUUGUGUGUAAAAAACAUGAAGGCAUGUUAAUUAGAUAUAAAUGACCUUUGAUUACAUGGAAUAUUGAAAUUGGUUUAAAGUCCAAUAGUUAAACCUUGGCAAAAAUCGUUUUUUACUUUAUCAGUUGCUAAGUUUUAAUACUUCGGAUUCAUCAAAGUGUGACAUGGGCUUGUUUGACUAUUCUGUAAGUGGCAUUUAAGCUCCACAUUCUUAUUACUUGAGGUACUUUAUACUAACAUAAGACACUCAGUGAGAGUUAGAGAUAUUACCAAUUGCUAGUUUAUAAUGUCUUACUAAUGCAGAAAAAAGGAAAAUAACAAAAUUGGCCUGAAUAUUCUCUUGGGGAAAGAGGGCACCAAAGGAAAGGGUAAGUGCAUCUGAGGACCAAAAGAGAUGUAUAAGCCUUUUAGCCCAUUCCCCAUGCUGGGCCUGCUCCCAGAGAGCCACAGGAAGAUCAUUCAAAAACUCGGAAAGGAGCCCCACAGCUGCUCCUGGCACAGCACACCUGACUCACUCAGCUCUGUUAGUGUAACCUUUUAAAUGUAGCAUCCCAGACCCAUUCCGUCCUGUCAGUUCACUCAGCCUUUAGUUUGUUUUUGAUCACCUGUUUCGGGGCACAAACAAGCACACUAAAUGCAUGUUUAUGUAAAUGUUAUGGAUAAUACUGUUGCAGUUGGAAGGGCACCACUCUAGGGUUCAGGUGUGUUGUACCCAUGUUUAUAAUUAGGCUUUAUUCUCCUCCUAAACCAAGGAAAGGAAAUCAUCCCCAGACCAUUUAUGCUGAGCUUUGGAAUUAUACUUUAAAUAAUGGAUUAUACUUCAAAUAAUUUUCAACUGGAUUAUACUUCAAAUAAUGAAGUUUUAAACUGGAUUAUACUUCAGAUAAUGAAGGUCUGCGUACAGGAAUUAGUCACAAGUGGGGAAAACACUGUCUAAUUUUUAUCAGUCUGGUAUAAAGUAUUGAUCUAAGAGAACUAUCCCUGUGCCCCUUGGUCUUUAUUCUCAGUUAAGAAAAACAGUCACAUGUCACCACAAACCAGUCAAUCUUUAUGAGAUAUUCCUGUAUCCAUACCCCAGCUUGUUUGCAUUUUAUAAUCCUCCCGUUCAAAACUAAGGAAUUACAGAAAAAACAGAAUGGAUUUCAUAGUCUUGUGUCCCUUAAGUUCUAUCCCAGUCAGCAAGCAGUCUUUAUAGUCAGAACAGAUGUUAAAAAGUGUUUUCCAUUUGAACUUUACAGUUUGCAAAAGUGCUUUUAUACAUUGCUAAUUUCAGAAACAGGAUAAUAUAAUUUAAGUAAGUUUCAGUUUGCUAAUAGGGAUUUUUUUGUGUUUUUUAAUUUUCAGCAUCUCUUGAAGAACCUUGCUACAGCCAAGUGGCAUCUCACUUUUUAAAGCCGUUUGGAAUUAUUAGUUGACUCAAAGUACAGAACAAAGUAUAAUGGAAAAAACCCUGCUAGGUAGUGUUAUAGUUGUUGGAUUAGAAAUAGACUUUAGAACUAACAGGUUCAUUAUAAGAUUUACAUGGAAGAGCAAAGAAGGAAAAAUUAUAUUUUUAAAGAAAGAGAAUAUUCAGGCUUUAUUUCUGGUAUGAAGUUUAUAUUUUUUAAAAAAAUCCUAUAUUAUCGCACCAGAGAUUUUAGAUUCUUUUCUGGUUAGAAACAUUGCUGGUAGUUGGAUUAUAUUUUUAUUGUAUUCAUUUAUCUUAGGGGGAAAAUUGUAAAGAAACAAAAAGGUCCAGAUGAAUGUAUCCUAGAAAUAAAAGUUGAAAGAUUCUUA